CUAAUACUGCACCAAGGAGCACUGUACAAGGCACAGUAAAGUUCAUAACAGUCUGAAGCCUGAAUGGCUACUAAGUACUGUAAGCUGUUGUUAUUACUCCGCUUCAACAACGAAGGUCUUUAAGCGCAUUGCAAGAAUGCCCGACUAGCGUGCCCCGGGUGACGUACCAGAACGCACGCCUGUUCCCGCUACUGUUUAAAUGCUUAGCGUGGGUUAUCAGGUUCCCGUGUGACUAUUUGCCUGUCACACCACCGGGAAGUUUCCUGAAUAAACUACUUUGAUAUAAAAUGCUGCAACGGUUGAUUCCCAUGCUGACUACCACAGGAAGACCUCAUGGGGUGGAAAGACUAUAUUCUGUGAGACAAUGUGUUCAAAAGUCAUCCUUGGCUGAAACGCAACUCCGUAUUGGUAUUGGGUCACAUAGACUCUUUAGUAACAGCAGUACUGAAGAUCCUACCCUGAGAAGAUUCCUUUUAUAUAAGCGACUGUUUGCAGUUUCUCUUUUCACGGGAACUUUAACAUUUGCAUGGUACAUGAAGAAGCAGAAGGGAUCAAAACUCAAAGAUCUCUUAGAAGGUUUUACAAGGCUUCCUAUUGAUGAGUCACUCUUUGGGUGUAAUGUAUCAAUGUAUAGAUACAAGGGUUAUGUAUUUCCAGGUCAAAUUGUCAUGUCUGGCAUAUUCAAAGAGCUGCCAAACUUUCAGUUCAAACCAGAGGAUGUUAUUGUUGCAAGUUACCCCAAAACUGGAACAACUUGGGUGCAGGAGAUUGUAUAUAUGCUGACACACAGCUUGGAGAAGAGCGAUGAUAGCUCUGAAGUUUUAGAAACAAGAUUUCCAUACCUUGAAUAUCCGUAUCCAGGAAUAAAGUCAAUAGGAGCCAAAACAGGGCCACGUUAUGUUAAAACCCAUUUGCCCAUCACUCUGUUGCCAUCGUCGUUUGAGAACAGCAAUGCUAAGCUGAUAUAUAUUGCCCGGAAUCCACGAGAUACUGCAGUAUCAUACUUCUACUUCCUGCGGCUUUUGACACAGUGUAGCUAUGAAGGAACACUCUCCAGUUUUAUCAAGAUGUUUCUCUCUGAUAUGGCUGUGUACAGUCCAUUUUUUGACCAUGUGCUUGGAUACUGGAAAUCACGGGAAGACCCAAGUAUCUUGUUCAUAACCUAUGAAGAACUGCAUCAAGACUCCAUAAAAGUUAUAAAGAAAAUUGCAGAAUUUCUUGAAGUUGAAGUAAGUGAUUAUGCUGUGAAUUAUAUAGCAGCAUGCACCUCUUUUUCUGCUAUGGCAGCAAAUCCCAGUGUUAAUUAUGAACACUGGAAAGAUCUUGGUUUUGCCCAUAAGGAUAAAGGACAAUUCAUGCGGAAAGGUCAAGUGGGAAGCUGGGAAGUACACCUUAAUAAGGAAGAAGUGGCAGCAUUUGAAGAAUGGGAAAAUAGACAUCUAAAAGACUCUGAUCUCAGGUUUAUUUUCACACUCCCUGCCAAGCAAGUUGAAGGUUGACAAUUAAAUAAUUUAUAUUAUGAACAUAAACAAAAGAAAUUGUAUCAUGGAUGGUCUUUCAUAGUUUGUAUUAAUAUUAUUAACUUAUUUAUACCCAGUACUGUAUAUAUGAACAGUUGGUAGUUAUGUGAAUAUGCAAAUGCAAUUAAACAUUACAGUAUUUUGAAAUUUC